AAAUUGUCUAUAGAAUUUCGUUUUUGUCGCACGCGGAAGUGGACAUUGGAGUGAUUUCCUUUUCCUAAAAAUUUCAAAUCCGCUCAAACUUUGAUUAUUUACUUCAUAAACAUUUUUUCUCAUUAGAAAUACUUUGGAACAAACUACUGUGUCGAGUGUCAGUGUAUAUAGCAGUGCAAAUGGAAGUGACGGAUCUAAACGAAUUGCUAAAUGUUCGGUCUAUAAAAAUGGAACAGGGAGAUACAGGUUUUGAUGAAAAUGCUGUAGAAGCUGACCCUUUAUCAAUUAUUCCUCAAUAUGUUACUGAAUCGGACUUGGGUCUUAUGCAAACUGGUAGCGAGAUGUUACAAACACCGCUAGCGGUCUUCUCCGAUACCCCGGAUGAAGAUGAUACCAUGCAAAGUACAGAAUCUAGUGAUGAGGUCAUAGUACAACUAAUGGAUAUAAGAACUAAUCUCUCGCGGCUCAGAGCUAUGCUAGAGAGGAGACUCGGUCUAGACCUAUCUGACUACACAUUCUGGCUGCAGAAUGCUAAGAUGCUAGAAAACCACAAGACUUUGGUGGAACAAUGUAUAAGAGGUGAGGGUGUGGUACAAGUGAACAUACAGAUCAGGGCAUCGGAGAGGAAGAUCAACAUCCUGGAUGUUCUGAAGCCGGAUGAGGAGCUGGUGCAACUGCCCAACCAGAUGGAUGAAGAUUUUCUAGAGUUAGAGGAACAGCUGCCGGUGACAGAGCAUCUGGCGGAGAGGGUGGAAGAAGCGGAGAGUCAAGCUUCGCACGCCGCGGCCGUCAAGUGGGUGGUGGACGCGCAGUUCAAGAGCGAGCACCGGAUACGGAUACCAGAUGAUCCAGCUGAAUGGUCAGUCCAGCAUGUCAAGUUAUGGAUCCAGUGGGCUGUCCGUCGGUUCAAUCUCAUCGGUAUUAAACUAUCUGACUGGAAUAUAAGCGGGGAUGAACUGUGUACCAUAAGCAAUGUGGAAUUUAAAGCGAAAGUACCAUCAGAUCCAGGAGACAUAUUUUGGACACAUUUCGAAUUACUUAGAAAAUGCAAGUUUAUAGCGGUCAUACAGAACGAUGAACAACCAGUCAAAGAUCCUUUAGAAGUACCGCAGUCGGCCAUCAAGAAGAAACCGAAGCAGGUAGUACUCCGUCAAUCGGAAGAGGAUAUGUCGUCAUACAUGACGUCACGGAACGGCAACAACGGCCAGAUUCAGCUGUGGCAGUUCCUAUUGGAGCUUCUGACGAGUGCAGAGUAUUUUGAUGUUAUACGAUGGCAUGGCACGGAGGGCGAGUUCAAGCUGCUGGAGCCGGAGCGCGUGGCGCGGCUGUGGGGCGCGCGCAAGCACAAGCCCGCCAUGAACUACGAGAAGCUCUCGCGCGCGCUGCGCUACUACUACGACGGGGACAUGAUCGCCAAGGUGGCCGGCAAGAGAUUUGUCUACAAAUUCGUUUGCGAUCUACAACAAUUACUCGGCUACGGCGCCGGCGAGUUAGCCGACUUGGUAAAAGAGGUAUAUGAGUCUAAACUACAUUUGAAACCGACUGAAGACAUGCUCCCAAUGAAGACGUAUUCUAAACACUCUGUAUACUCAAACGAUACUCAAAGUUAAGUAAAAGAUUUGUAAUUUAGGCACUAUCAGCUAAAGAACGGUUUAUACAGAUGAAAAUGUCUAAAAACCGCAUCAAAAUCGGUUCAUCCGUUCCGGAGAUACGAAGGCGUUUUCAAAGUUAAGUACCCUUUGUUUUUUUAGUUUAAUAAAUUGCCAUUUACGUCAUAUUGUAAAUAUAUGUUUUAAAAAUCAUUAAGUAGAUGUGUAGUUUGAUAAAAAACAGGGUCCUAUGAAUUAAACUUACUGGGAGGUAAUAAUAGGCAUAUCGAUCAAAAUUUUUCCCCGACUGUGGGAUGUGGGCUAAAUAAAAGAUGAAAUAAAAUAAACUUUGAAUUCUCUUAAUUUUUAGGUGAACAGUGUAAAUAUGAAUUUUGUUGUAUCACUAGAAGUGUUUUUAAAGAUAUUUUAAUUGCAAUUAGUUAAGCAAAUGUAAUUACUAUUAAAAACACAUGUUGUGUAGUCAAAUUUUAACGAUAAUAUUAUGUAUUAUAAUAUACAGUGACGUUGUUUUAAAAUAAGGCUUUCCUUGCUUGUCGUUUUCGCACUGAUUGAAUCUACGAUAUGCUCUGUCCGUUAUAAGUUGAUCUUUUUGACAGAUGUCUUAUACAACACAGCGAAUAGGUUAUGAAAGAUUUAUGAAAUUUGAAUUUCUUGGCUGUACCAAAAAUAUUGAUAAUGUAGUUUACCAAUACCGUACCUUAACUAUUCAAUAAGAUAGUAUGUAUAUUAGUUUCGUCAAAGUAAUUUAUUAAAAUUUUAUAAAUGUAUAUGAUCGAAAAUCGAUUAAAAGCGAAUAAGAAACGUUUUCCCGUCAAAUACAAUCUGUCAAAAAGUUCAACAUAGAACGGACAGGGUAUCAAGAUCUUUGUAUAACGUAUGCAAUGAAAAGCAUCUAUAUUGACUUGCCAUCACUUUGUAAAUAUAUAAAACUGUCUUUACUACCUGCUUUUAUUAAAACUUAAUGUAAAAUAUAAUAGGAAUGAUGACUGAGCAUAAAAAAUCCAACUGCAAAUUUGCAGUCAAGGCAAGUCUAUUACUAUAUUUAGAUGGUUUGAUCAAUUUAUGUUUGCAAUAAAGAAAUACGAAAAGAUAUUGAAAAAGUCAUCAUCCCUAUUAUAAGAUGUUUGUGGGCUUAUUUUAAGUAUUAAAGUUGUAGUGAUGUGGCGAUCUAUAUCGAUUUAUCGAUACAAACGAAAAAGUCUGCGUUUACUCUAUUAAAUACGGCGUUAUGAAUCUGAUGAGUUAGAGAGAUGAGCAUAUAAGAAACAGUACAUCAAAAUAUUUAAUCCAUUUUAAUGGCUGGUAAAUUAAACUAUUAUCGAUAUGUAGUUUCACUUUCGUCACAUCUCUAGUCUGUUUGAGAAAAGUGAUAUAAUUAUAAUUAAUUUAAGAUUUAUAUGUACAAAUAAAGUCUAUUUUUGAGUUUA